AUGAAGUAUAGAAAAGAAGAUGGAAAAAAACAAGACAAAUCCAUUCGGAAAAGAGAAAAUAGAAAAACUGAGGAAGAGAUAGAAAGAAUUCGAGCACAAAAAGCCGUUCAAAGGAGAUUGUACAUGCAGAAAACUAGAAGAAACCAGCCGGUGACUGGGAAUAGGAUCAAUCUAUUGCUGAAACAAAUAGAGAAGUUUCAGAGGAAUAGCUCCGGCUGA